AUGGGCAUCGAUCGGGCUGUCGGGCUGCCACCCAGAGACAGUGGGGGAGAUGAGAGAGAGUGUGGAGGGACCCAGGGGUCCAAAAACACCGACAACCUGAAGCGACUACCGAAAAAGGGGGAGAGGGUAGUGAAGGAGAAACCACCGCCUGUCUUACCCCCUGUGGGGGAGGAGGAGCCCAAAAAUCCAGAGGAGUACCAAUGCGUGGGCAUCUUGGAACAGGACUUUCUCGAACUCUGCACUCGUUCGGGAUUCACCGACUUCCCCAAAGUCGUUGUCCGCAAUCACGGCCGCUCCGCCUCCGCCACUGCCACCGAAAAGCCCCCGGGGGAGGAACAGCGGCCCUCUGCCACCUGUAGCCAAAACAGCCUCCUCCAGAUCGAGACCAAGUAUGCCUUCUUCCGGCCCACCAUCCAGGUGGACCUGGAGCAAGAGGACCCCAAGUUGGUUCGGGAAAUCUUCAUUCGAGGUUGGAAACUGGCAGAUCCACUUCUGGGCAUUCUCUGCAAGUGUCUGCCCAGUCUCACCCAGCUGCAGGCCAUCAACCUGUGGAAAGUGGGGCUGACUGAUGAGACCUUGACCGUCUUAAUUACCCUCAUCCCAGCUUGCUCCUCCAGUCUCAAGAAGGUGUCUCUGGAGGGAAACCCCAUUGUGGAGCAGUCUUACCACAGGCUCAUGGUCCCGGAAAGCACCAUCAUGCACUUGUCCCUGCGGAACAACAAGAUCGACGAUCACGGGGCCCGGCUCCUGGGCCAGGCGCUGUCCACGCUGCGCACCAGCAACCGCACUCUGGUCUCUCUCAACCUGGGCUACAACCACAUCGGAGACGAGGGUGCCAGCCACAUCGCCCAAGGCCUGAGGCUGAACCGCUCCCUGCUCUGGCUGUCCCUGGCCCACAAUCGAAUCCAGGACCAGGGCGCAAUGAAGCUAGCCGAGGUCCUGCAGCCUUUCGAACUAACACACAUUGAGGUGGUGGAACGCAGGCGACUAAUGCUCGAAAAGGGGACUCAGGGAUCCAGAAUCCUAAGGGGAUCGCCCACUUCCUCCCGCCACGGAGAACGCGACCGAGACAAGGGUCAGCUGACGCAGGGGACUGGCAGCGCUGUGGCCAUCGACAAGCUGCAGCCACCCAAGACCGCCAAAGGUGCAGCGGGCAAGAAGAAGGAGAAGCAAGAAGCAGCCAAGAAAGAGGAGAAGUCGGGGUCGGGGACAUCUCCCACACAGACUACCCCAAAGAAGGAGGAUACCAGCAAGGCUGGUAAAGGCAAGGUGACCAUCCCAGAACAGAAGCCUGGUCGGGGAAAGGGAGCCAAAUUGGGGCCCAAAGAGAAGCGGAGUACACUCGCCGAGUCUGAGGUGAUUCAGGAAAAGCCUACCGAGAUCCUCAAUCCCCUUCUAGAGCAGACGGAGCAUCGAAAUGGGAAGGUUUACUUGCCAGGAAACAAAGUUCUUAUGCACCUCAAUCUUAUCCGGAAUCGAAUCACAGAAAUGGGUCUGAAAGGCUUCCUCGCUGCUGUCCAAUAUCAAGUGAAGUUUACCAAACCCAAAAUUCCAACUAAAGGACCCACCGGGUUGCUCACACUGAUGCUGUGGAAAAAUUCCUUUCCUCCACAAUGUGAGACCUACAACAUGAUCCAGGACAUGAUGCUUCCUCGAGACCCCAUUUCCAAGAAUAAAAAUGAAGAAGGCUUAUCCACUCAGGGCCCACACUAUCUGCUGCUCUCCCCGAGGGUGCAUAUAUUAACCUCUGCUUACACAAUAAGCCAAGGUGCCUUCACCCCACGAGCCCCUCUCCGGCUGCAGAGGGGCAGAAGCUCUGGCACCUUUGUCUGGGGAGGCUCUGCUGACGGUAUUCACGAUAAAGGAGUUCAAGAGCCUGAAUACCCUCCUCAAGGAGACAUGGUCAUUCAGAAGGAGGAAAGGGCUGACCAGGCCAGACGCAGUCCCACAACUCUGCUUCUGCUUACGGUGUGCGAUGCUUCCCUGCCCCCUUCACCCUCUUUGGACAGCCUCUCCUCUCCCCAUUUUAACGUGCCUGGAACAGUAGAUCUUGAGAGGCGGGAGGGACAGCAGGGCUCACUCACAACAACUCCCUUUCAAAGGUCCAACGAGAAAAAGCAGAAAAGGGUGGAACUAGGAGUAAAACAAGUGCAGGCCUUUUUACAGGGAGCCUUCCAGCGGCUCUUCCAGCCCCAGCGAAUCCUUCGUCUCUCCCAACUCCUGCCACGUGGCUCAGCUUUCCGAGCGCCUCUGAGAGCAGGAUCCUCCCUACGGGAGCCGGGAAGCUCGGCCCGGGCCGCUCUCAGCCUCCUGGUCCCAUCUAGAAGUCUAGAGGCUGCGAGCUGA